AGCGGAGCCGGGACUGAGAGCGAGUGGUAACGGCGGGGAUUUCUCCUCCUCUCUUUCUCUCACACACACACACACGUUCCUCUCCUUUUGUUUUGGACGGCGAAUUACCACAGCGACACAUACACACAGUCAGUCAGUAAAGGGAAGGAGUUUGCCGGAACUUACUGUGGCGGCGACGGCGGUUUGUGCGUGUGUCUGUGUCACCGGGACUCGGCGCCAGUCUGGAAGAGUCUGGAAGGAGUGUGAAGAGGAAGAGGGGAGAGAGCCAGAGGCCUGGAGCCCAGUCCGGCGGGGGCGACGUUUGGAGCCGUAGCCGGGAAGGGUUAGGAGGGGGAACCCCCGCGGUGACUGUCACUGCCCCUCCCCGGCCUCCCGGGAGGUGCUGGUAAACUUUGAGGAGAGUCGUCUCGCCGAGCCCCGGGGGGGGGGGGGGGACGGGGGACAUGGAGCCCGAGCACAGUCUGGAGUACUUCUUGGAGCAGGUGGCGCAGAAGGACGUUAGUCGGCGGCUGCAGGUCGGCCAGGAGCUGAUCGAUUACCUGAGCGACCCGGACAGGUCCAGCGACGUGGAGCACGACCAGAAGCGGGCUCUGGAGGGCAUCGUGGACGAGGUGGCCUGCUGGGUCAACUCCAGCAACUUCAAGGUGGCACUGCUUGGACUAGAUGUUAUCGGAGCACUAUUGGAUCGAAUAAAAGAAAGAUUCAAACAUCAUAUUGUAACAGUGAUACCAGCACUUGUGGAUCGUUUAGGUGACUCCAAAGAUCAGGUUCGAGAGCAGUCGCAGAAUAUUCUUCUCAGAUUAAUGGACCAAGCUGCAUCACCCCAGUUUAUUUGGGACCGAUUAGCUUCAGGGUUUAAACACAAGAACUUUCGGACACGUGAAGGAGUUUGCCUCUGUCUCAUUACUACGCUUUCCAAUUAUGGAGCACAGCCAUUAACAUUAAGCAAAAUUGUACCACAUAUAUGCAACUUAUUAGGAGAUCCAAAUAGUCAGGUAAGGGAUACAGCCAUGAAUACCAUGGUGGAGAUUUAUCGUCAUGUAGGCGAGAAAGUACGAUCUGACCUCAGCAAAAAGGGGAUUCCUCAAGCGCGAUUACAGACAUUAUUUGCAAGAUUUGAUGAAGUGCACAGGUCUGGAAACAUGAUAUUGAGUUUCAGCCUUGAUAAAAGCUUCGAUGAUGAAGAGUCUGUGGAUGGAAGCAAAUCAUCAGCUAGUUCUUCAUUUAAGGUACCAGCCACGAAGAAAAUGGGAAGUACAAACACUGGUGGCAAGAGAUCAGCCUCAGCACACGGAUCAAAAUCAGGGGCAUCAAAAGAUGGAGCAGUGGAUGAAGAUGAUUUCACAAGAGCAUUUGAUGACGUGCCUACAGUACAGAUUUUCUCCAAUAGAGAACUUGAAGAGACCUUGAACAAAAUUCGAGAAAUACUGUCGGAUGAUAAGCAUGACUGGGAUCAGCGAAUCAUUGCUCUGAAGAAGAUUCGAUCCUUACUAAUUGCUGGAGCUACAGAGUAUGACUGUUUCUUUCAGCAUUUGAGAUUGUUGGAAGGAGCCUUUAAAUUAUCAGCAAAAGACCUACGGUCACAGGUUGUCAGGGAAGCAUGCAUUACUGUGGCACAUCUGUCAACACUUUUAGGAAACAAAUACGAUCAUAGUGCUGAAGCCAUUGUGCCUACAUUAUUUAACCUGGUUCCAAACAGUGUAAAAAUUAUGGCAACAUCUGGAGUAGCAGCAAUUCGAUGCAUCAUACGUCAUACUCAUGUCCCAAGAUUGAUCCCCCUAAUAACUAGUAAUUGUACUUCAAAAUCAGUGGCUGUGAGAAGACGCUGUUAUGAAUUUUUAGAUUUGUUACUCCAAGAAUGGCAAACACAUUCAUUAGAAAGACAUGUUGCUGUUCUGGUUGACACCGUCAAGAAGGGCAUUUCUGAUGCUGAUUCAGAAGCAAGAAUAGAAGCAAGAAAAACUUAUUGGAGCCUUAGAAACCACUUUCCUGGAGAAGCCGAUGCAUUGUAUAACUCUCUGGAGCCUUCUUAUCAAAAAGGAUUUCAGACCCAUCUGAAGAGCUCCACCAGUGCUGCAUCUCUUCCUCAGUCCGAUCGUUCUUCUUCCAGCUCUCAGGAGAGCCUCAACCGCUCCUUUCCUCCCAAAUGGUCAAUCGCAAACCCUCCUGGAGGAGGUGCCUCAAGAGGAGCAAGUGCUAAAACUGCAGCCCCUACAGGGGGGUUGCAGCGUUCUCGAAGUGACAUAGAUGUUAAUGCUGCUGCAUCUGCAAAAUCGCGGCAUGGGACUGGACAGUCUGGAACAAGACGUUUAAUUGCAGCAAAUCUCCCUCAAGGAUCGUAUGCUUCACUAGAUGAUGCAUCUGACAAGGCUGAUGGCCGCAUUCGUAGUAGACAAGUGCUCUCAGGCGCUGCUGCUGGUGGUGAUACAACUGAUUCCAGAGGACGAAGUCGUACAAAAAUGGUGUCUCAGUCCCAACCUGCCAGCCGCUCUGGUUCUCCCGGAAGGGUGCUGACUAGCACUGCACUUUCAACUGUGAGCAGUGCAACACAGCGAGUGAUGCCUACAGGAGGUCCAGUGCAGAAGCGCAGUAAGAUUCCACGUAGUCAAGGGUGUAGUAGAGAAGCAAGCCCCUCUCGAUUGACUUUAGUUCGGGGCAGCCGCAUCCCUCGACCUAGUAUGAGUCAGGGCUGCAGCCGGGAUGCAAGCCGUGAGAGCAGCAGGGACACCAGUCCUGUUCGGUCCUUUACUCCACUUGCUUCCAGACAUCAAUCCAGAUCAACCGGUGCCCUCUACACUACAGAUACUUACGGGGCUUCAGGAUCCGAUCGCUUUGGGUUUAAUCAGUCUAGCCGACUGUCUGCAUCGGUGAGCGCCAUGCGAGUUCUCAACACAGGAUCUGACGUAGAGGAAGCUGUGGCAGAUGCAUUGCUCCUAGGAGACAUACGGAGUAAGAAAAAGCCAGCAAGGAGAAGGUACGAAUCGUUUGGAAUGUGUUCAGAUGACGAUGCUAACAGUGAUGCAUCCAGCGUCUGCUCAGAGCGUUCCUACAGCUCCAGGAACGGCAGUAUUCCAACUUACAUGCGACAGACUGAGGACGUGGCUGAGGUCCUGAACCGCUGUGCGAGCACCAAUUUUUCAGAAAGAAAAGAGGGUCUUUUAGGUUUACAGAAUUUACUGAAAAACCAAAGGACAUUAAGUCGAGUUGAAUUAAAACGAUUGUGUGAAAUCUUCACAAGGAUGUUUGCCGAUCCUCAUAGCAAGAGAGUUUUCAGUAUGUUUUUGGAAACGCUGGUCGACUUCAUUCAUGUCCACAAAGAAGACCUUCAAGAUUGGUUGUUUGUUUUAUUGACUCAACUGUUGAAGAAAAUGGGUGCUGACUUGCUUGGCUCUGUACAGGCAAAGGUUCAAAGAUCACUUGAUGUUACAAGGGAUUCUUUCCCAAAUGAUCUACAGUUCAGUAUUCUGAUGAGAUUCACAGUUGAUCAGACACAGACACCAAACCUGAAAGUAAAAGUUGCCAUUUUGAAGUACAUUGAGACGCUGACUCUACAGAUGGAUCCUGGAGACUUUGUAAAUUCCAGUGAAACACGUUUGGCAGUAUCGCGCAUCAUCACUUGGACAACAGAACCAAAAAGUUCAGAUGUUAGAAAGGCAGCUCAAAUAGUGUUGAUAUCUCUGUUUCAACUCAACACCCCAGAAUUCAGCAUGUUACUUGGAGCUUUGCCCAAAACAUUCCAGGAUGGAGCCACCAAACUACUUCAAAACCAUCUCCGUAAUUCAGGCAGCACUAGCCAGCAGGGAUCUAGCAGCAGUUCUGCAACACGAGGUACACCGCGCUCACCUGCAGGUUGGUCCAGUCCUCUCACCUCACCAACCAAUACAGCACAGAAUAACCUACCACCAAGUGCAUUUAACUACGACACAGAAAAUAUGAAUUCAGAAGAAAUAUACAGCUCUCUUCGAGGAAUGACAGAAGCCAUCCAAAACUUUAGCUUCCUUAGUCAAGAAGAAAUGAUCGAACCUGUAAGACGGGAUGGUAAAAAAGAUGGUGAUGGAGACCUGGCCAGUGGUGGAGUUGCUGAUAUCCGAGGCAGUGGAGAUGCCAGUGAAUCUGGACUAACUGGUGUGGACAAGACUUCACUACUUAAUACCGCAAUCCAGCGCGCAAGCCCACGACCACGCGAUUAUAGUCCUUUCAACUAUUCUGAUAAUACGUCUGUAAAUAAAUCUGCUUUAAAGGAAGCCAUGUUUGAUGAUGAUGCUGAGCAGUUCCCUGACGAUCUUGCUUUGGAUCAGUCUGAUUUGGUUGCAGAACUACUGAAGGAACUGUCCAAUCACAAUGAACGAGUAGAAGAGCGUAAAGCAGCAAUGUAUGAGCUCCUGAAAUCUAUUCGAGAAGAGUCUUUGGGAGUGUGGGAUGAGCAUUUCAAAACUGUUCUAUUGCUGCUUCUUGAGACACUUGGGGAUAGAGAGCAUACAAUCAGAGCGUUAGCAUUAAGAGUUUUGAGGGAGAUUUUAAAAAACCAGCCAGAAAGAUUCAAAAAUUAUGCCGAACUCACGAUCAUAAGGACCUUGGAAGCCCAUAAAGAUCCGCACAAAGAGGUGGUGAGAGCUGCAGAAGAAGCUGCCUCAGCCAUGGCCUCAUCCAUCAACCCUGAACAGUGCAUUAAAGUGCUUUGUCCUAUCAUCCAAACUGCAGAAUGUCCUAUCAAUCUGGCAGCAAUCAAAAUGCAAACCAAGAUCAUAGAGAGAAUCUCGAAAGAAACCCUCAACAUGUUGUUGCCUGAAAUUAUUCCUGGUCUGCUAAUGGGUUAUGACAAUUCAGAGAGCGGUGUUCGCAAAGCAAGUGUAUUUUGCCUUGUUGCCAUCUAUUCAGUUAUUGGUGAAGACCUUAAACCACACCUUGGUCAACUCACUGUCAGUAAGAUGAAAUUAUUAAACUUGUACAUUAAACGUGCACAAACUGGCUCCAGCACAACUGGCUCAACAUCAGACCUGGCUGGUCAAAGCUAGAGAUAGCAGUUAUUUUACAGUAGAAAGUGUCCUGAGGAAGGAACAACCAGUUUUUCAAGAUCAGACUCUCCUUUGGAAUUUGUUUCAUCACACGUGUAUGCAACAAACUGCUUCCCUCAGCCUGCAUGUGACUGUUGCACCAGAAUUUAUUCCGGAAUAGAGGGGACAGUAUUAAAGUCAAUCCAGAUAAAUAAAUCACUUCAGCUUCUUGCUCAAACUCCAGUGUGUCUUCUCAUUAACAUUUACCAGUGUUACAAUUAUAUAAAUAAAAUGCUAAUUAUGAUUAAAAAGCAAUGCUUUAACCUUCGGAAACGUUUUUUGCUUCUAUUACAACUGCAUUACAACCUCCUUUAAUUAUGUUAUUUAUUUCUUAAGUUUCACAAUCAUCUGUAAACAGCUUUUAAAUCAGAGCAGAACCAGAUUGAACUGUCACCCACAACUCUUUUGUUUUUGGGUGUAUGCUAUGACAACAAACCUUUUAGGAUUAUAACUCCAUGUCAUUGCAAUAGAGCUGGAAUUGUCUGGUUCUGCGGCUGUUACUUGCCUGAUCUCUGAUUUACUCUGCUGUUCCCUCAAUAAAAGUAAUGUGCACUAAACAGACGAAAGCUAGAAGUGCCGGGCAUUCCUGAGUAGCAGAGAACUGGCUCUGUUUCCUGCAUCACAGUGGUCAGUUUAAGUGACUCGGUACUAGUUCUGUUUUGAGGCUCGUGCCAUUACUAAAUGGACAUGAACCAUACUUGUCAUCACGCCUUCUUCAAGCAGGAUCCAUCGGAGUGGAGUGCUCUACACAAGCACACUCAGUAUGUAACCUGUUUGUGUUUAGUAUGAAUUUCUAGUACAGUUCUAGUAAAUGCACAUACAUUCAUCAGGCAGUCAGUUUUCAGGAGAUAUACCCCAAUUGUGUUGAUGUACUACUGGGCUAUUGAACUGAACGUUUGUCUAUGUGCGCGAUGGUGGCUUUGUGAUAGCCUUUGCAGGACGCUUAACAUGUGUAGCUACUACAUGUAAAUGUCAAGUUUUUUUUUAUGUUGGUGUCCACUUAGCAAGGAAAAUGAGAAGGAUCAUUAGGGAGCUAUCAGCAUGGUGCAUUAGUGUUCUCUCUACCUCUUGUUGCAGACAGGUAUUCUUUCAACCUGCUUUCUUUGAAAAAGUCUACUUUAACUGGUUGCUCGUAUUGGUCAUAAAAAUCCUUUAUAAUGACUAACAUUCAGUGAUAUGUGCUAAGUCGAUAUUGGAAAUAGUUUUGUUGCCAGUUGUUAUGUGAUGGUGAUGCUCGUGGAGACAGACACACAAAGUCCAAAACAAAGUGAAUGCAUCCAACAUGAAUCUAACUGAGAAAGCAGGUCCUGCUCAUUCUGUUGUUUUGCUGCUGUUGCAAAGUUGCCCUUUUUUUGUUUCAUGAAAACUUUGUAGAAAUGUAUUUAAAGAUUUUAAGGGAACAGUCUCUUUAUCGGUCACUGGCUUUUUUUUAGCAGCUGCAUCAAGGAUAUAGUGUUAUGUGAAUGUAACAUUUUAGUUUUACACUGUAUUAUUACGUAUUUAUAGUUAUGUGCUUACAAUUGUGCAUACACUGGCAAUAAACUGUAUAUAACAUUAACUAAUUAA